AUGGCAACAAACGAUAAUGUACAAAUUAAAAUAGAAAAUAAUUCUUCUUUACUUCAAUAUGAUGAUCAUGUUCUUUUUAUUUAUAUUAAUCAAUGGGAAAAUCAUUCGAUUGCAAAAAUUCAAAAAGCAGCUCAACAAGCUCGAAAUGAUCUUCAAAAAAUUUUCAAUGAAAAACAUCAAGAUUUUUCUAAUUUAUUAAAUCAAAUUAAUAAUGAAAUUAAUACAGAUUUAAAUGAAAAUAUUAAUCUUUUAAAAUAUACACAACAAUUAAAUAAACUUCGACAAGAUUUAUCAAAUUUAUCAACAUCUAUUUAUUUAGAACAGGAUAAAAAUCAAUUACCUAUAUAUUUAAUUAAAAUUUUUCAUAAAAAUAAUUAUCAAAUUAAACAAAUAGAUGAUAAUAAGGAUGAAGGAAAUAUAAAUGUACCUGGUACUGAAAUAUUAACACCAGCUAUGUUACGUGAUGUAACAUUGACUGAACAAAAACAAUUAUUAGGUGAACGACUCUUUGUACUUGUUCAACAGAUUGAACCAACUUUAGCAGCGAAAAUUACUGGAAUGUUUAUUGAAUUAGAUAUAAAAUAUAUUUUAACAUUGAUUAAAUCACAAAAUAUACUCAAAGAAAAGAUCAAAGAAGCGAUUGAUAUAUUAAAAACAUAUCAAUAUAAACAACAUUAUAUGACGAAAUCAUGA